UGUUAUGGGUUCUAAAAUCGAAGAGUUUAUCCGCGCUGGUGUGAGCUGGGUUGCACUUCCAGAAGAUUUGCAGUCAAGUCUCAGCAACUCAGAACUGGAAUACAGCAAACUUGUCAAACAGUUUUCUACAAGAUGUCAGCUUAGAUAUCGAGACCACUUGAUUAACAGUGUGUACAAAGACGAAAGACAAUAUUAUAAACAAAUGAUAGACUAUUGCAUCGACAAUUUGAUGGUUUUUCCGUAUCACUUAUCAGAUAUAUUCCACACGUUACAUACUUCUCCCUUCGUGUAUUACACCAGCAUGGUUAGAUCACUUAUGAAAGCAGAUAAAAGUUAUGACUCACUUCCAAAUUUCACCGCAGUCGAUUGCCUGAGAGUUCUUGGCAUUGGGCGAAACCAGUACAUUGACCUGAUGAACCAGUCUAGACUCCAGAAAAAUUCCAGUUUGCAGAAGUUUUUCAAAAAGAAAGCAAUAUCGGAUUUGUUGCCGAAAGAACCAAUUAAGAUCAAGAUUGAAAACUGGUGGAGAGUACGGCUAGCCACAGUAACUGAAACAGACGUACUUCGUUCAACGCCAGAGGAGAAAGAGUUAAUUGACUUUUUAGUAGCAAACAAACGUCACUUGGCUGGAAAACUAGACUUGAGAUUACUAAGGAAUCUUUAUUCUCAUGGAAUGAUCUUUUUCGAUGUUCCUAUUACUGAAAUUGAUACUGUAUCUCUUCCUCCCUUAGACAAUUUUGUUAUGAAUCGAACAUCAGGAGAUGAAAUUGAAUUACUGCUCUACAAGUUGUUCCAAGUUCUGGACGAAACUAUGACUAUGAAAGAGCUCGCAACUAUGCUUGAUCUAGACGUUAAAACGGUUCUAAUGACAGUUUCUUUGAUGUGUAGGCUUGGUUUUUGCCACAAGAGGAAAAGCGAAAUGGAUCAAUCAGAGCUACAUGAAUCUUGGUUGACAGUUGAAAAUGGCACGAAAGAGCAUAAUGCGCCGGCACCGUUUCCGGUUAAAAAUGUUAUUGAUUUCAUAGACAUGGACGAGCUCUCCGAUGAUUUACUCGAAAACUCGCCAAUAAUCGCUAAGAGCGUAUCGACGUCACAAUUUUCCUUGACAUCUAAAAGUGAAGGUCAACCGCUUGUGAAGGAACUGGAACUUUCAGGAGGCGAGAGCUCUUCCAGAUGCAAGAUUGCAUUUUUAUUUGAUUCCACUCUCACAGCAUUCCUGAUGAUGGGAAAUUUGACUCCCGGUUUGAAGACCCAUGCAGUGACCAUGUUCGAAGUAGGAAAGUUAUCAGACGAGUCUAUGGACAGUUUCAUUAGUGAGCUUGAAAAAGUGAAGUUGGACAUAGACGAACAAGAAGGCGAGGCUCAAAGGUACUUCGAUCACGCCCAGAUACUUCACAGAACUCUUAAGCUUUUGAGAUACAACGAUAAAAUUGCAUUCGGUGAAGAGAUGAACUCUCCAGGAAUUGACUUACUGCGGUGUGAAAGUCUACUUAACCUUGAGUUUGAUAUUUGCCAAAGGCUAAUGCAGAAGAACUACCAAGCUCUAAUUUCAAUGGCACCUCUUUCCCAAGAAGUCUCACCAGUUAGCUGUUUGGACCCUUAUCAUGUGGGACCAUUCAUACCGGAAAUGAAUUCACCCUGGUUCAAACUGUUUCUAUACAGAACGCUGGGCCGAGGACCUCCCUCGAUGCUUCUUUGCAAAGGGUUCCGACUCCGACAAAUCCCAGUGAUGUUCCUGGAAUAUGAGAAACUCCUUGUGACUUGCUGGGGCCAUGAUUCUAGUCUAGUUUCAACAUGCAGUUGUCUUAUUAUGCUGAAUGACGCUCUCUGUAAUAUGCCAGUUUUGGUUCAAGGUUACUCACGGUACAGCGAAAGCGAACUUUGUACUAAAUACGUCCCGUUUCCUCUUGAUCAAGAUAGUCUAGAAGCUCAUAAAGGUCUUGUAGCGUCGUUAGAGAAUCAUUUGGAUGUUACCAAUGGGUUUGGGUUUUUAACUCUCGCCAAGACUCCUAAAUCAAAAGUUAUAGAAAACAUUCCUCAAUCUGAGCCAAACGAAACUCCCGAAAAUUCAGCUUCACCUGAAAUCGAGGAACUGACUCCAAAACAGGUGCAAUAUCUAUUGGAUUGCUCUUCAAUCAGUGCUAUGAAUCAGGAUGAGGAAUGCAAAGACGAACACUAUGAGUGGUCCGUGUUUGAUGUCGAUUGCGGGCUGCCCUUGUUCGACGAAGCUUUGAACUCUUACGUCUGUGAUAUACUUACAAAUUCUGGUAUAUUCUCACAAGAACACCAGCAGAAGUUUUUGCAGUCAAAUCUGACGUUAUCGAUGCAGUUGUUGAAAUUUAUAAAGGCAUGUUGCGAAAACGACUUAAAAAGUGAAGAGAUGGAUGUGAGAGCGUACAUUAGAAAACGGGCUCCGCUCCAAAUGCCAACCUGUAAUGUUUUGUACAGUAGAAACUCGAAAGAGGUUAAAUUGUGGAAGUUUUAAAGUGUUAAUAAGUUAAAGUGUAAACCAUAUCAAAUAAAGUUCAUUCCUGGUGAUUGCUAGUUAUUGUUGUAUUUAUUUAAAAUGUACAAAAAUAAAUAAAUCAUUUGUGAAAACAAGAAAUUAUAU